UGAAUUAAUGACCUAGAAAAUCGCAAACACUACCACUUUUUUACACUUAGCACGAACUUUAAUUGUUGCCAAAAAAUCACGAACUUUGAUUCACUUUUCACAUUUGUCGUCCGCGACAUUUUCCAUCCAUUUUUACUGACGUGACCCGAUAUACUUCGAUGGAAGACCAGCCAAUUAGCAUGGUUUAGUCCGGUCCAACGUAAAAAUUGGCCCAAUUGGAAACCGUACGGACCGGUACGUUCAGCAGUCUCCGGCGGAUUAAUCCGUCGAGAAGGGGGCGAGAAGGAGUCCACCGGCGACUGUCAGACCCUCUCUGAAGCCCUAUAUACUCUCCCUCGCUCUCCGUCUGCCACGCUGUCUCUGCCGGUGGAUGGGGCACAGUGCGAUAAAGAUUGGAGCUUAAUCUCGUCGAGCUGUGAUUUCUAUAGGCUGGUAACUGCUCGGGACCGGCAGUUUUAAUUGGAACCCGAACUCAAGAAGGGGAAGCUCUUGUCUCUGCACGCGGAAGAAGAGGAGGAGGGAUGGUGUUCGGGCAGGUGGUGAUUGGUCCACCGGGGUCCGGCAAGACCACCUACUGUAAUGGCAUGUCCCAAUUCCUCCAGCUCAUUGGAAGAAAAGUUGCUGUUGUCAACUUGGAUCCUGCCAAUGAUAUAUUGCCUUAUGAGUGUGCUGUGAACAUAGAGGAACUGAUUAAGUUGAGUGAUGUUAUGUCCGAGCACUCUCUUGGUCCUAAUGGAGGCCUCGUAUACUGCAUGGAUUAUCUAGAAAAGAAUAUCGACUGGUUGGAAUCUAAGCUGAAACCUCUUGUAAAAGAUCACUAUCUGCUUUUUGAUUUUCCUGGCCAGGUGGAACUAUUUUUUCUUCACGCCAAUGCCAAGAGAGUUAUUGAGAAACUAAUAAAGAAGUUGAACCUCCGGUUGACUGCUGUACAUUUAGUCGAUGCCCAUCUAUGCAGUGAUCCAGGAAAAUAUAUUAGUGCUUUGCUUCUCUCGUUAUCAACAAUGUUACAUUUGGAACUCCCACACAUUAAUGUUCUAUCCAAGAUUGAUCUGAUUGAGAGCUACGGAAAGCUAGCUUUUAAUCUUGAUUUCUACACGGAUGUGCAAGACUUGUCCUAUUUACAGUACCAUCUAGACCAAGAUCCUCGGUCUGCAAAGUACAGGAAGCUCACAAAAGAGUUGUGCGAGGUGGUAGAAGAUUAUAGUCUUGUCGACUUCACAACCUUGGACAUUCAGGAUAAGGAGAGUGUGGCGAAUCUUGUGAAGCUGAUCGAUAAGAGCAAUGGGUAUAUAUUUGCUGGCGUCGAACCGAGUGCUGUGGAAUUCAGCAAGAUUGCUGUUAGGCCUGUAGACUGGGACUACUACAGAGUUGCAGCAGUGCAAGAGAAGUACGUCAAGGAUGAUGGGAACUUCGACGACGGUGACAACUGAAAGCCCCUAUUGAAGUGCCCGUAUUCUCAGGCUCUGUUUCGACUGUUUCAUCGUACUCUGCCCAAUAGAAAGUUCUGAUCAAGCCAAUGCUACAUUGUUCUGAAGUGCUUGAAGACAGUCAAGGAGAGGGGUGGGUAGUAGACAAAAGAGGCUUCCUUUCACCAACUUCAACCUUAUAACUUGACUUGAGAGCAGUGUCUUGUAAAUUGAUCGGUAUAUCACCAACCCCCGUUUUUAUCUCUCUGUUAUUGGGAUUGUUAUAUUUAAAUCCUUACAUCACCAAAAGAAAUUGAAAUUGUGGCUCGCGGGAAGGUGGAGUCGGUUUUGAAAAGUUUGAUGUUUGUGGAAUCUCUUCACUAUAGUUGGUUUCAAUCUCGAAGGCUUUAUAUGGACCUUUCCGAUGCGAGAAAUUGACUGUUUCUUGCAAAGGAGCCGGCAAGGCUAUGAAGCCUCAACUUCAAAAUUCUUUCCUUUUUGUGAAAGUGAUUGCCGUUCUAUGUACCAAUGAUGGCUGGUCCAUCUAUAUAAACAAAGCGAAUUGCAAGCUCAUAUGUUGGAGCAA